CACAAUAUUUGAAGUGAUAGUAGCCUAUUAAUGUGAUGUUCCAAUUCGUUGUUGAGAACAAUACAAGCUUGAUUCCAAGGUCACGCGGCUGCAUGUCCACCAGCGCCAAGCUCUGUUGCGUUCCACUUCCCUUCGCUGGGAAUCCGGAGCCGCCGAGAGCGUUUGCCUUACAUUUACCUUUGGGGUCAACCGUCUCAUACAGCAUCUGACUCCACUGAAGUGGUGCCUUGUCACACACAAGUGAUUGCAAACAGCGCACCCUGUGAAACUCAGCAAGGACAGGUUGGGAUUUGAAAUAGCGACAUGAUGAGCUGCUGCGGCAGGUUGAACAAGAUGCAAUCAGCAAUAUCGAUAUAUGCUUCGAUUUGAUCCUCCAAGAUAUUUGUGAGAGAUGCGAUCCGAAAUUAUUUUGGUUGCUUCGACUUACCAUAUAUUGUUUUUCACCUUUAACCCAAGUGAUGCUCACGGCGGGUCGUGCUCAGUCUUGGCAAAAGGCCAUCACCAAAUUCGUCGAGCCGCAGAUAUUGAUGGGUGGAGGAAACAUAUGUAUAAAAUCGUAUUGAUUGUUCUCAGCCUGAAUCGAUACCAGACUAAUGACCGCACGGUGCAAAUAGCGCCCCCCGAAAUAUAGAUCUGAACCG